AUGGUCACACGCCUCGAGCUCGCCGUGGAUGCUCAGGAGCUCGCCGGCGAGCAACGUGCCCUCCUCGACUUGAUCGACAAGCUACAGUUUGCUCAGCUUGACAAUGUCAAGUUACCACAAAUCGUGGUCGUCGGUGACCAGAGCGCCGGGAAGAGCUCUGUGCUGGAGGCCAUCACGGGCACCCCUUUCCCCCGAGAUGCAGGCGCCUGCACCAGGUUCGCGACCGAGAUCCGUCUCCGGAGGGCGCCCGCGCCGAGCAUCGCCGUCUCUGUGAUCCCAGAUAAGAAACGCAGUUUCCCAGAGCAGGAGAGGUUGAGCCAGUUCGGCGGAACCGUCCACACCGGAAUGCCCUUUGAGCAGCUGAUGAGGAGCGCCGUCGAGCUGAUCGCACCCAAGAACAUCCCUGGCCGUUUUGCCGCCCGCGACAUCCUGGUCGUCGAGAAACGGGGCCCGGAUAUGCCGCUGUUGACCUUGGUCGACUUGCCAGGGCUAGUCCGGAACGCGAACAACGACCAGUCUCUGGAAGACAUCAGGACCAUCGAGUCGCUGUCGGAUCGCUACAUGAAGAGUUCGCGGACCAUCAUCCUUGCCGUGGUUGGCGGUAACUCAGACUACGUCCAAGCCCCGAUCUUGACAAAGGCCCGCCAUUUCGACCCCAACGGGUCCCGUACCAUCGGAGUCCUCACGAAGCCAGACCUCACCGAGUCGAUCGGCCUCGAAGACAAGUUCAUCGACCUCGUCAAGAACAAGGACAAACGCAAUGACUUCAAGCUUGGCUGGUAUGUCUUGCUGAACCCAGGCCCCCGCGAACCCGGCCAGCCCUGGCCGACAGCUGAAGACCGCCGACGUGAUGAAGCUGUCUUCUUCAACAGCGGAAAAUGGAGCUCUGUCCCAUCGUCCAUCUGCGGCGCCGGCGCAUUGAUGCGGAAACUCAGCACGCAACUUCAGCAACACAUCGGAAAGCAUGUUCAUGUCCUCCGCAGACAGAUCCAAAAGGCCCUCGACGACUGCGAAGCCGAACUCAAGAGUCUCGGCGAUGCUAAGGAUACUCCCGAGGAGAUGCGGACCGAGCUAGUCGAGCUCUUCUCCUCCUCCAAGGAGCUGGUCAUCCCCGCUGUUUACGGCUUCUACAAGAACCCGCCCAAGAAGACCUUCUUCCGCGUAACCGCCGAUCCAAGAGGAACCCCGGCCCAGAACUUGCGCGCCCGCGCCACCGAGGAAAAUGACCGUUUCUCGACCAGAAUCCGGGCCCACGGGCGCAAGUUCACCUUCUCGCCGUCGGCCCAGCUUGCGCCAGGGGAGCCAGCCCCUGAGGAUAGCGCCAAGCGGGAUUUUGUGAAGCAGGAAGUAGAGAUGCUGCUGCGCCAGAUCCGCGGUUCCGAAUUCCCCAUGGACCCGAAGCCGAGGGCCGUUUACAUGCUCUUCCAAAGCUAUUCCGAGAACUGGCCGAAGCUCGCCCAAGAGCACAAAGACAAUCUUGGUGUCGUCUGUAACGAGUUUCUGGGCGAGCUGAUCGACUACGCCUGGCCAAAACGCAUGCGGGAACCGCUCCGCCGCCAUUUCCUGGAGCCUCAUAUGAAGGCGCUGAUGGCGAAGGCGCAACACGAGUUGGAUCUCCUCAUGCAGGACAUGAGUCUCGAGGUGCAGCCUUACGACCCCGAAUAUGAGGAACGUUUGAGGAACUGGCACGCCAACUCGACCAAGGAGGGUGCGACGUUUUCCGAGGCUGAGGAGGUUCUGGAGAAGAUGCUCAUCUACUACGAGCUGGCUGCCAAGACCUUCAUCAGGAACACCAUCACCCAAGUCGUUGAGCGCCACCUCCUCCAGGGCAUGUACAGCAUCUUCAACUCGGUCGAGGUGCUGGGUUUGAGCACCGAGGUCAUUGAAGCUAUCGCGGCAGAGAACAGGGAGACUAGGGACAGGAGGCAGACGCUCCGUGUGCAGAAGAAGGCGAUCGAGGAAGCCAAGGAAAUCUGCGCGGGCCUCGCCAUGCGGAAAGAAUUAAGAGCCUAUGCCGAGGACACCCCAAGCGACGCAGAGGAUACUUCUUCCGAGGACGAGGAUGAACCCAGAUUUAACGAGCAGAUCUCCCCGGCCAGGCACCGCCCGAGCUCCUCGGCAAACCGUAUCUCACGAAAGCCACGGCCGCUCUCGAACGAAGAAGCCCAGGCACCACCACAGGUCUCGACCCGAACCUUCGAUACCGCCAGCAACCCACAAUACUCCCAGCAGUCGCCAGCCACAGUCCCCACGCCAACCCUCGCCUAUGCUCAGUCAAGGCCAGAGAACCCUCCCAGCCCGGACCGCGCCUUGGACGAGGGCUACGCCACUUCGCGCCCGCCACAACAAGCCCCGCCGCCUCCGCCCCCACCCCGGCCCGGCAAGGUGCGAACAGAAGACAACGGCGGCCAGAGCAGCCAAGCGUACGCUCCCGCGCCGCCCCGUGCGGCGUCGCGGGCGAGCCAGCCUUCGGCGACGGCCCCUGAGGGGUACUACGCGAAUGCCUACGCGAGCAACAACCCGUACCCAGCGGAUGCGGCUGAGUUCGAGGCCCUGAGGCGGCAGGGGAGGAAGAGUAGGCAGUAUUAA